AUGGCAAGCAGCCAAGGAGGAUCUUCUUCAAAUUCUUCCAACUCCAAUUCAACCCAAAGAACUUGGAAGUAUGACAUCUUCUUGAGUUUUAGGGGUGAAGACACUCGUAAAGGCUUCACUGGCCACUUGUACCGUGCACUAGAUAGCAGUGGGUUUAAGGUUUUCAUAGAUGAUGAAGAACUUGAGAGAGGAGAGGUCAUUUCCAAAGAACUCAAACAAGCAAUUGAGGAUUCUCUGUUUGCAAUUGUUGUUCUCUCAAAAAAUUAUGCCUCUUCUUCAUGGUGUUUAGAUGAGCUUAAACAUAUUCUUUACUCAAGAAACAAUUUGUGUCAACAAGUUUUCCCUAUAUUUUAUGAUGUAAAUCCAUCUGAUGCACGACAUCAAAGAGAAAGUUUUGCCGAAGCUUUUGCUAGGCAUCAGAUGCUUCAAAGGGACAAUGAGGUCAUGAAAAGUUGGAGAGAUUCUCUCAAGGAAGUUUCAGACUUAUCUGGUUGGGAUUGCAAUAAGAAUCGGUCUGAAGCAGAACUUGUUCAAACAGUGGUUGAGGAGCUGUGGGCCAAAUUUCGUCCUAGACUGCCACCUUAUACUGAAGGACUCAUUGGAAUUGACAAUGAAGUGAAACAACUGGAGCCAUUGUUCGAGAUGGUUUCAAAUGAUGUUCGAUUUGUAGGAAUAUGGGGCCUAGGGGGUGUUGGGAAGACAACAAUUGCUUGGGCUGUUUUUGAGAAAUAUCGUAGCCAAUUUGAUAUUAGUUGCUUUCUUCAUAAUGUCAGGGCAACUUCAGAAAAAGAUGGUGGCGAGGUUCAGUUACAAAGCCAAUUGCUUUCACAUUUCAAAAUAAGAAACAUGGAAAUUGAAAACUGCUAUGAAGGGAAGAAAAUAAUCCAAAACCGUUGUUGCAAUAAAAAGGUUUUACUUAUCCUUGAUGAUGUUAGCCAUACAACUCAUCUAGAAAAUUUGGCUAAUAGCCCAAACUGGUUUGGUGCUGGGAGUAGAGUGAUCAUAACAACUAGGCAUUUAGACUUGUUGCGCGGAGCGUGUGUAGCAUAUCAACAUGAGGUUAAAACUAUGAACCCAAAUGAAGCCCUUCAACUCUUUUGUCAUACAGCAUUUAGAAGAAGUGAGCCUCAGGAGGAUUUGUUGGAGCUGUCUAAAAUUGUUUGUGAUUAUGCCAGAGGCCUUCCUUUAGCUCUCUCUGUUUUGGGCUCCUUUUUCUGUGGAAGAAGUACUGUGCAAUGGAAAGAUGCUUUAGAUAUGUUAAGCAAAGAUGCUUUGGGAAUGUUGAAGAAAGAUCCCCAUAAAGAUAUUUUUGAGAUACUUAAAAUAAGUUUUGAUACAUUAACCAAAACAGAACAAGCAAUAUUUUUAGAUAUUGCUUGCUUCUUCAAUGGUUGGAGCAAAAACAAAAUAACACAAAUAUUAGAAAGUUGUGGUUUUAAUGCAAAAAUUGGAAUAACAACUCUCCAGGAAAAGUCUAUGCUGAAGGAAUAUGACAGUAUUUUGGUGAUGCAUGAUUUGGUGGAACAAAUGGGUAGGAAAAUUGUAAUGGACAAGUCCUCUAAUUGUGUUGGAAAUCGUAGUAGAUUGUGGACUAAUGAAGAUAUUGAUAAAGUUAUGCAAAACAAUUGGGGUACAAAAGAAAUAGAAGGUAUGAUUUCGUCCCAAUUUCGUGAGGCAUUUUGUGGUCCUAAGCCAUUUUCAACAUUGCAUAAUGUUGUUUAUCAAGGCACAAGAGAAAUACAAGGUGUGAUUUCAUCCACAUCUUGUGAGGCACUUUGGGAUCCUGAAGCAUUUUCAACAUUGCGUAACCUUAGAUUACUCAUGAUAUCAAGUGAUUUCCAUGUUCCUGUUGGCCUCAAAUGUCUUUCUCAUGCUUUGAAAGUACUUUAUUGGACAAAAUAUCCUUUAGACACUCUUCCUUCUGGAACUCGACUGCAUGAACUUGUUGAUCUUAGAAUGCAUCAUAGCAAAUUAAAGAAACUUAGCUUGUGCUCGAAGAAUCUGAAGUUUUUGGACUUGCGUUUUUCCAAAAACUUGAUCGAAACUCCUGAUUUCUCUAAACUCCCAAAUCUGGAAAAAUUAGAACUUGAAGGUUGUGAAAAACUUGUUGACCUUCAUGCUUCAAUUGGACAACACAAAAAGCUUCAGGUAUUGAACUUGAAAGGUUGCAAAAGUCUUACAGCCUGUUGUCCCAAAAAAUUGGAAAUGACUGUGCUGAAAGAAUUUGUUCUUUGUGGGUGUACUCGAGUAAAAUUUCUCCCAAAGUUUGGGGAAAAUAUGAAAAAUCUAGAAACGCUUGAUGCUGGGGAGACAAAUUUAGUCAAACUUCCCGAGUCACUUGGCUUGUUGACUGGUCUUAAAACUCUGAAAUUAAGGGGUUGCAAAAAUCUUGUUUGCCUUCCUCGAAGCAUUCACAAUUUGAAAUGUCUUGUACUUCUUGAUAUUGCUGGGUGCUCAAAAUUUGCUAGAUUGCCAGAGAAGUUAAAUGAAAUUGAAGCCUUGGAGGAGCUGGAUGCAAGUGAAACUGAUAUAACAGAAAUACCUUGUUCCGUUGGUGGUUUAGAAAAACUCAAGAAAUUGUCAUUCCGUGGGUGUAAAAGGUCAACGUCGAACUCUUGGAGCAUGAUUCUUCCUUGGAGGCAUUCAAUUCAUAAGGGCUUAACAUUGCCUGUUUCAAUAUUCAAUCUUAAAUCACUGGACAAAUUGGAUUUAAGCUACUGCGGUAUUGAUGAUGGAUCCAUUCCGGAUGACUUCGGUGGCUUAUCAUCGUUAAGGAGAUUAGAUCUAAGUGGAAACAAGUUUAAGAAUCUACCCGCUGGCUGCAUAUCAAAUCUUUUGAAUUUGGAAAUUUUGAAAAUGGAUUCUUGCACAGAACUUGAGUCGUUGCCGCAGAUUCCACCCAGAGUAACGGGUAUGUAUGCAGAAAAAUGUGAUUCAUUGGGUACAGUGGAAGUUGAACAAUUAUCACAUCUCUUUGCUUCAAGGGACCAGAGAAGGGAGGUUGCUUUUGUGGCGGUUGCACGAUCGUGCGUUUUUUAUGGGUCCCCGUCACAGAAACCAUGCUAUGCCAGCGUCUAA